AAAAUUUUCUCAUAAUUAAUUUAAGUUCUCUUGAGCAUUGUGAAUUGCUGCUUCAUGCGUCUUUCCAGUAGAAGGAGUUCCAGUUUAAAAAAUGUUCAAGAGAUACGGUUGUCUCAAACGAAAAGCUCAAGAACAAAAUUUAUUCUCCCGUUAAGCACUUUUGAACUCCGUAUCUUUUAUUUUCUUUUCCGAACAAGUUUAAUUAUCAGUGCAACGUAAGUACAAGAUACACAAUCUUGAUCGAUGGGUGGUUAAACUCUUAAACUUGUUUUCAUUUAAAAUAUACAAAAUAUUUUCAUUUCAGUUAAGAAUUUGCACUCGAAGUGAACUGAACGUUGGUUUGUUAGACAGUUCUCAUUAAGUUCAUAAUUUUAAAAAAAAUAAUUAGUAACUAAUUAUAAUAUCUAACAUGCAACGUUGGCGUGGCAAAAUAGCAGUUGUAACUGGUGCCAGUUCCGGCAUAGGUUGGUGUGUAACCAAAGAUCUCAUAGAUGCUGAUAUGUUUGUAGUAGGUUUAGCUAGACGUGUCCCACAAAUGGAAAAAUUACGUUUGGAACUGGAAGAAACGAAACGUGAAAACUUUUAUCCACACGAAUGUGAUUUAGGUUCAUUAAGUUCUAUACAGGCAGCAUUUGCUUGGAUUGAGGAACGUUUUAAAAAAGUUCAUGUAUUAAUAAAUAAUGCUGGUAUGUCAGAGCAUUCAAAACUCUUAGAUGAAGGCAAUGAGGAAUUAUUGAAACGUAAUGUGGAUGUAAAUCUUAAUGGUACUAUAUUUUGCACUAAAGCUGCUUAUCGUCUAAUGAAAAUUGCCAUGAAUGCUGGAGAGGAAUGUAACAUUAUUAAUGUCAAUAGUUUACUUGGACAUCAAAUACCUUUACAUAUACCAGAUUGUGGUUUAAAUAUUUAUCCUGUUACGAAACAUGCACUACUAGCAGCAAAUGAUGUGUUGAGACGAGAACUCUAUGAACAUAAAUUGAUGCGUUUGUGUACAAUUAGUCCUGGUUUAACGCAAACUAAUUUUGGUGCUACAGCUUUUGAUGAUAAAACACUGCGCGCAUUGCCCACUGCUGAUGAUAUACUACAACCGGAGGAUGUGUCACGUGGUGUUGUAUUUAUACUUUCCUCACCCUUGCAUGUCACAAUUGCAGAUUUAGUGAUGUUGCCUUCACGUGAGAAGUACUGAGAUGUGAAAUAUACU